AUGGUAUACUGUGGCAAACCUUCACGGGGCUGCCAGAUGUGUAGAACUCGACGAAUAAAGUGUGAUGAAACCAAACCGACUUGCCUCCAGUGCCAGAAAUCUAGACGACAAUGUCCAGGAUACAAGGAUGACUUUGAUCUUGUCUUCCGUAAUGAGACGAUAGCUACAGAAAGACGGGCGAGACGAUCAUUUAAGAAUAAGAAGGGUAACAAUAAUAAUAUCCAUGUCAGAUCAGGGAAUGGAGAUCGCAAGGUUUCAACUGUGUCUAGCGCGAGCUCUGCUGAUGCCAAAAUCAUGUAUUCAACGACUGGAAUGGAUCUAGCCAAGAUUGAAUCCGACAACGACCCUUCAUCAUCAGAUGCAUUGGGAUUACAGGUGGCGUUCACUAGUUCUAUCGAACAACAAGCGCCAUGUUAUUUCAUGUCAAAUUUCGUCAUAAUACCACAAAGUGGACAGAUACGAGGCUCCUUUGACUGGGUCUUGCCAUUAAUCAAGACGGAGCCUCCGGCCUCGGCUUUAUCACUCUCUUUCCAAGCUGUAGCAAUGGCUUCUUUGGCAAACAAACCAAAUGCGAGAGGAAGUAAUCUGAUGCAUUCGGCCAUUGACCAAUAUGCAAAGGCCUUGAAGGUUGUUAACUUGGCGCUACAAAAUCCAGUGCAGCAGAAAAGUGAUCAGACGUUGGCUUCUAUUAUAUUACUGGGGUUCUUUGAGACUAUCACGCAAGAGAAAACUAGUAUUACGGCUUGGGGUUCACAUAUCGAUGGGGCUGUACAAAUCGUGAAGAUGAGAGGCAAGAAGCAGUUAAGGACGAAAGUUGGUGUUGCUCUAUUCCAAAGUGUUCGAGGACAAAUGCUUGUGAACUGUCUUUCUUCAUCCAAAACCCCCUUGCUAGGCACAGACUGGUGGUGUGCUGAUGCGCCAAAAAAUGAAGGGGCUGCUUCCGUCAACCGAUUAAAUCUCCAAGUGGCCGAACUCCGUGGCGAUUUAAAUAGAAUACUCACGUCACAUCCCCGGUCCGCGGAGACCAAUGAAUUAGUCAACGAGAUCAGGACUCGUGCUAUCGAAUUAGGGCAAGAGUAUCAAAAAUGGGAAGAAACACAAACGAAGCAAACCGUCGCAUGGGUGGACAAUAUCCCCGGCGGUGAUAUCACCAAAGCAGAUGUAUGUCCUGGACGAGUGGACCUCUAUGCAGAUGUGUUCGCCUGCUCAGCAUGGAACUUCUCCCGUGUAUCGAGGAUCUUCAUCGCGGCAAUAGUAAUCCGCUGUGCAGCGUGGAAUUGCUACCCCGUGGACUAUCGCACGACGCCGGAAUACGCGCAAAUGUCGAGGCUGGGCCAGGAAAUGAUUUGUGAUAUUAUUGCUUCGGUUCCGUUUAUGUUUGGUUGGCAUUUGGAUGCUGAGGGUCGAUUGAAAUCGGAGGAUGUGAUGGGUGGGGGAGAGGAUGUUAUGGGUGUGAAGGCUCUUGGAGGGGUUUAUACAAUAUGGCCGUUGUUGUCGGUCAGUUGUAGUGAUUUUACUACGGACUCGCAACGAUUGUGGGUCAAGGGACGGUUUAAGUUUAUCUCGGAGGUUAUUGGGUUGAAUCAAGCAAAGGUUGUUGGCUGUCUCCAACUCCGACUCCCAUCCAUGAUCGUUCGCCGCGAUAACAUGGGCUACGCACCCCCCAACGCAGUAAACUCGGUCCGCCCCCUAGGCAAACCCGCAAUUAUGCCCACACUGCCCUCUUCACUCUCCUCCCUCACAUUCCAGCAACGAGAGGCUAUGAAGAGGGAAAUGUGGGAGAGGGAACGCAAAGUCGCUAUGGAGAAAAUUAGGGAGGAACAGAUGGUGCAGGCGCGGGGAAAUGGGAGGGGCGUGUGUGGGGUUAGUGCGGUGGGUGCGUUUGUGAAUGGGAAUGCGAAUAUCGGGUAUGGGUAUGGGAAUGCGAAUGCAAACGGGCUGGGAAAUGUUAUGACGCAGUAUCAGCAAGGUAAUUAUGGGAUGGGUGGGACAGGAAAUGCAGGGGGAAAUGGCAAUGGGAAUGUGAAUGGAGUGUCGAAGACGGGAGAAGUAGGUUGGAAGGGGAGUACUGAGCAAGGGAAGAAGUAUGCGUGGUUGGAGGGGUUGGGGUGGUGGGAAACUGUUAUUUGA